AUGAGGAAACAAAAUAAUCCUCAGCUGUUACACAAUUUGGUGGUGCUCCUUAGGGAGAAAAUUCCAGAGGACAGUAAGUAUGUUCCAAAUGUAGACGAAUGGAGUGGCUUCCCAUCCAAAAACAGCACCAUCAGUGGUGUUAAUUCCAUUAACGGGGAGGACCACGCUACGGGUAAAAAAAAUGACGAGGAGUCAAGUCCCGUCAUCUUUCUCCUUACCCAGAUCGGGAAAGAAUUACUCAUACAGAAUGACUUAAAUGUUUUAGAAAAAAAAAAAAAGUUCAUUUCGGAGAGGCACUUGGUUAUACAGCGGGACGCCAACUACGUGACCGUCCGGAGCAAAAACAAUUUGCUCUACGCUGUGGCUUUGCUGUGCGAGGAGAGGGCAACUGACACCGCGGCGGUCACAGAACGUUACAGUUACACUCGUGUACUUUCCGCACUGAAAUACGCCUCGGAUCAAUUUGAAGCAAAAGUGAGUUACUACGUUAGCCUUGCAAAUGGUGAGUUCGAGGUGAGGAAGAUCCAUCUGCUGGACUGCAGCCAGAUGGUGUGGGAUUUUCAGUUUUUUAAAGAGGACCUAAGGAGGAGGAUAAAAUACGCGCAACAAUCAAAGUGUCUAUGCUUUGUUUUGUCUCCUCGGUUACUGGUUAGGGAGUACGCUUUGUUCCUGUCCGGUUUGAUAAGGCGCUUGGGGCGGGGCUCUCCGGAUGUGGCGUUUCAUAUUGUGGAGGAGGGAGACACAACAGAUCCAACAAUUCGUGAAGUUGUGGUCGAUUCAGUGGUUGGUGAUGUGGUGGAUGAGCCCCAUUUGGCACCACGAGACCACCCCCGCCUCGCAGACCAACAAAAGACGCCCUUCCUUCAGCAAAUUUGGUUCAUCCUUUCUCUCCUGAAGGAAGAAUACACCAACCUACGAAGUAUCUACCACUUGGAACACUACACGAAAAUCUUCCUACACAACUGUGAAAAGCUAGACAGAAAAUCCUUCAUCGCCUUUUUAAAAAAAAUAGACCACCUGCACGUGCAUGCAGUAAAUUUGAACACCCUCUUUGGUUUGUACUUUAGCGAAACGGAGGAGAAUAUACUAAAGGUUUUUCGAAAAUGUGAGCGGCUUUCGAAGCAGACCAGUGGAAAUGUCUGUCUGGUGAUUGACGGGAUUGACGUGGUGGCGCGGCGGAGUGGGGAACACCACGAUGGUGACCGAGAUAACCGUGAUGGUGCCUGCAAUGGUAACGACCCUGGGGGAGAAGCCAACGACAACGGACGCCUGCUUACCACGCUGCUGCUGUGCCUCGAUGGCAUAGAUAACUGCACAGAGAGGAGGCAGCCUCAGCGAAGAGCGGCCGCCCAACGUGAACACAACAACGAAGGUAACACAGGACACAACCUAUGUAAGGGGGACAACCUAGCCAGACGGGUGAAAAAAAAAAAACACUCCCCCGAGGUAGACCUGUACGAAGAAGAUUCAGAUCACACGGGGAGAUCUUCAACGGAUGAGGGUACCAAAAAAACGCUGAAGAGAAAAAAAGUAGCAACACAUGUAACGUAUGACAUUAAGCAGUUGGCAAAAAUUUACAAAGAAAAGCACAUUCAGCUGAUGAGAAGGAAAAAAAAAAAAAACAUCAGCAUCAUCGUUUUAAGUGACUUGGAUUUGAAACACUUUGAUAUUUCUCUCACGAGAGCGGGGCGAUUUUUUCAUUUCAUAAAAUUUGGCUAG